AUAGAGAAGAGGGAGAAAAGUCCCGUCAAAUACACACGGCAGUUAGAUUGGAGUUUUGUGGAAUUUCAAGUUCUGCCACCACCACUGCAACGACCUUCUUCCUUUCAAAUCAUUGAGGGGUGAAGUGAAAGGGGUUAGCGUAGGAUAGCAGCGUCAGCGUUAAAGAGCGUCUCGUCGUUAAGAACGCUCUCCUCCAUCACUUAGAGCAGCUUCUGCCUGGAUUUUUAAUCCCAAAGGGUCGUUAGGCUGCUGGUUGGAUUCUCUGAUCGUUCGGAAUGGCCGCGCAGGACAGCGGUAGCAGGAGGGCGGUGAUGGUGGCUCUGGUCUUGGUCAUGUUAACGUGCGCGGGGGGGAUGCCUGUAUCGCGGCAGAGGCUGGAGGUUCAGAAGCACUUGAAGAGGUUGAAUAAACCAGCUGUGAAGAGCAUAAAGAGCCCAGAUGGGGAUAUAAUCGACUGCGUCCAUGCUUCCCAUCAACCUGCCUUUGAUCAUCCAUUCCUCAAAAACCACACAGUUCAGCUGAGGCCUACUUUCCAUCCAGAAGGGCUGUUUGAUGAAAGCAAGACAGCAUCUUCAAAGGAAUCCAAAGCCAUAACACAGCUGUGGCAUUUGAAUGGAAGAUGUCCUGAAGGCACCAUUCCCAUCAGAAGAACAAAGAGAGAUGAUAUUCUAAGAGCAAGCUCUGUGAAAAGAUACGGAAGGAAGAAGCACAGAAGCUUCCCUCAACCUAGGUCUGCAGACCCUGACCUGAUUAAUGAGAGUGGCCAUCAGCAUGCAAUUGCAUAUGUAGAAGGAGAUAAAUACUAUGGAGCAAAGGCUACAAUAAAUGUCUGGCAACCAAGGAUUCAGCAGCCCAAUGAGUUCAGCUUGUCCCAGCUGUGGAUUUUGGGGGGUUCUUUUGGUGAAGAUCUCAAUAGCAUUGAAGCUGGUUGGCAGGUCAGCCCAGAUCUCUAUGGAGAUAACAACACAAGGCUCUUCACUUAUUGGACUAGUGAUGCUUAUCAAGCCACAGGCUGCUACAACCUCCUAUGCUCCGGUUUCAUUCAAGUAAACAGUGAAAUAGCAAUGGGGGCCAGCAUCUUCCCAGUCUCAGGCUAUCAUGGUUCCCAAUAUGAUAUCAGUAUACUUGUCUGGAAGGACCCAAAAGAAGGGCACUGGUGGAUGCAAUUUGGGAAUGACUAUGUGUUGGGUUAUUGGCCUUCUUUCCUCUUCUCAUACUUGGCAGACAGUGCUAGCAUGAUUGAAUGGGGAGGCGAGGUGGUGAAUUCAGAACCAGAUGGGGAGCACACAUCCACUCAAAUGGGAAGUGGGCAUUUUCCUGAGGAAGGUUUUGGCAAGGCCAGCUACUUCAGGAAUAUUCAGAUAGUUGAUGGGUCCAAUAAUCUAAAGGCCCCUAAAGGGGUUGGCACUUUCACUGAGCAAUCCAACUGCUAUGAUGUGCAAAAUGGUAAUAAUGGUGAUUGGGGUAGCUUCUUUUAUUUUGGUGGGCCUGGUAAAAAUUCCAAAUGCCCUUAGGAAUAUCCUAAUUCCCCUCUCUUUUCUCACUAUCUCUGUACCAUUCCAUGUAAUCCUAAGGGUUAUUUUUGCCCCCCUUUCUUCACUCCCUGUAGUAACAUGUGCAUGUACCCCUUUUCUCCUUUUUAGAGGUUUUGACUACUCAUUUUUCUUUCUUUUUUUCCUUUUUUUAUUUUCAUUUUACUUUCUACUCUCUACAUAAGAGGUUGGAGAGAAGUCAAGUUUCUCUAGCCAAGAGAAACAGGCUCUUGUCUUCUAUAUAUGUAAUUUGUUUGUCUUCUCCCUUCUUGGGUUGAUUUGUUCAGUUAUUAAUGGAUGGGUGGAAUUUUGGUGUUGGGUGUUUUGAGCA